CACACCACGGCAUAUAGCAUAUUAUCGCGUGAAAAUUAAUUUAACCUGAGUUGGUAAAAAAGUAAGCACAGAGGAUCUUAAACGAUGGAGCUUUCUUCUGAUGCUAAAGAAAGAUUAGGACUUGUCUUUGAAGCUGCUAAAACUGUAUUUCACUGGGGUUUUAUUCCCACAGUUAUAUAUUUAGGCUUUCAGAAAGGUCCGGAACCUGGUAUGCCUGGGUUUACUUUGAUGAGCCUUCUAUGGCAAUAAGAAAUUAAUUUGUUCAAAAAAAUUUUUUAAUUUAAUAAAUAGACCUGAUGUUAUUGAAUAAGUCGCUAAAAAUACCAGCUAGAUGCAGGUAUAGUUUACGAGCCUUACAUUUAAAGGAUUAGCUUUUGUUUAAAAUGUACAACGUGAAACAAUUUAAGCUAUACACAUUUUUGUGACCAUGGGCGAACUGAACAAUGCAGACCACAUUUUCGAUGAGAAAAAUAUGAAUUUGAUUUGAAUGAUACUGAAUGCUGAAAAUAUAUUUGUGCGUACAAAUAUGUUUACCUAUACAUUUCAGAUGUAGAUUUAUUUUAAUCUGCGUUACUUUUAAAGAUCAUAAUAUACUCCAAAAUACUCAGGAUUAAUUGGUUACAUAAUUUAUAAAUGGAGCUGUAUUAUACGAGAACUUGUUAUAAGGAUUGUUUGUAAAAAAUUAGAAUUUAUUUAAAAGUAAUUAUUCUGGUUUUCAAU